AACAAGCUACCAUUUCCAUCACUGUCGUCGUUUGAUUGUGUAAACCACCCAUCAUGAGACUUCUUCCCGCCACCGUGCUGGUGGGAGCUGCCUCUGCGGCAGCCCCGCCUUUCCAGCAGGUCAUGGGCGUCCACCAGGAGCAACUGGAGGAUGUCGUCAGACAGGGCUCCGAUGCCUUCAAGCAUAGUUCGGACGUCUUCUCGAAGCCUCUCGAGCAGCUCAAGGACCACUUCAAUACCCUUUCCGGUGAGGCUCGCGAGCUGUGGGAGGAAGUGUCGAACUACUUCCCCGGCUCUAUGGAUCACGCUCCCAUGCUCUCGCUGCCCAAGAAGCAUACCCGCCGUCCCAGCUCGCACUGGGACCAUAUUGUUAGCGGCCAAGAAGUCCAAAGCAUCUGGGUCACAGGUGCUGAUGGCACUAAGGAGCGUGAGAUCGACGGCAAGCUCGAGGCCUAUGAUCUGCGCGUGAAGAAGGUGGACCCCAGCUCUCUUGGCGUUGAUCCGGAUGUCAAGCAGUACAGUGGUUAUCUUGAUGACAACGAGAAUGACAAGCACCUGUUCUACUGGUUCUUCGAGUCUCGGAACGACCCCGAGAAUGACCCCGUCGUUCUCUGGCUGAACGGUGGUCCCGGCUGCUCUUCUCUUACUGGUUUGUUCAUGGAGCUUGGCCCUAGCUCUAUCAACAGCAAGAUCAAGACUGUCUACAACGACUACUCGUGGAACUCCAAUGCUUCCGUGAUCUUCCUGGACCAGCCUGUCAACGUUGGCUACUCCUACAGCGGCGAGGCUGUCAGCGACACUGUGGCCGCCGGCAAGGAUGUCUAUGCUCUCAUGUCCCUCUUCUUCAAGCAGUUCCCUCAGUAUGCCAAGCAAGACUUCCACAUUGCUGGAGAGUCCUACGCUGGCCACUAUAUCCCCGUCUUUGCCUCGGAGAUUUUGUCCCACAAGAAGCGCAACAUCAACCUCAAGUCCGUGCUGAUUGGAAAUGGCUUGACCGAUGGUCUCACUCAGUAUGAGUACUACCGCCCCAUGGCUUGCGGUGACGGUGGCUACCCUGCUGUUCUGGACGAGCAGAGCUGCCAGGCUAUGGACAACGCUCUGCCCCGUUGCAAGCAGAUGAUUGAGUCUUGCUACAACAGCGAGAGCGCCUGGGUUUGUGUUCCGGCCUCUAUCUACUGUAACAACGCUCUCCUGGCUCCUUACCAGCGCACCGGCCAGAACGUCUACGAUGUUCGCGGAAAGUGCGAGGACGAGUCCAACCUGUGCUACAAGGGCAUGGGGUACGUCAGCGACUACCUCAACCAGGAGCACGUGCGGGAGGCUCUCGGAGCCGAGACUGAGGGUUAUGAAUCGUGCAACUUCGACAUCAACCGUAACUUCCUCUUUCACGGCGACUGGAUGAAGCCUUUCCACCGUCUGGUGCCUGGCCUGCUUGAGCAGAUUCCCGUUCUCAUCUACGCUGGUGAUGCCGAUUUCAUCUGCAACUGGCUCGGCAACAAGGCCUGGACUGAGGCUCUCGAGUGGCCCGGCCAGUCCAAGUUCGCCGACGCCAAGCUGAAGGAUCUUGUCAUUGACCAGAACGAGCAUGUUGGUAAGAAGAUCGGCCAGGUUAAGUCACACGGCAACUUCACCUUCAUGCGCCUCUACGGCGGUGGCCACAUGGUCCCAAUGGACCAGCCCGAGUCCAGCCUGGAGUUCUUUAACCGCUGGCUGGGCGGCGAGUGGUUCUAG